AUGGCACAGCGGUUCCUCUCGUCCGCCUUCAUGUUGACCGUCUCGCUGUCGUGCACCUACCUGUGCUACAGUAUCAUCUUCGGCCGCACCAGCGUCAUCUCGGGCCGGGCGUACGAGGGCAGCCGAUGCCCGCCGAGCCCCAACGCGGCCGGGAAGAAACUUCUCGCCCAGUCGGAGCACUGUGCCCGGCUGCGGGGGGUCCGCGCCACAUCUGCCGCCGAAGCACAGCCCGGUAUUGUCGGCUCUCCCCCUCCUUCGACUCGCUGGGUGAAAAAUUCGAGUUCAACGCAAAGGUACGGGAAUAAAAAACUCCCCAGUGUCUUAAUAGUGGGAGUGAAGAAAGGAGGAACCAGGGCGGUGCUGGAGUUCAUUCGGAUCCAUCCAGAUGUGCGCGCUCUCGGGACCGAGCCUCAUUUUUUCGACCGGAACUACGACCGAGGAUUGGGCUGGUACAGGGGCCUCAUGCCACGAACACUGGAGGGUCAGAUCACGCUGGAGAAGACCCCAAGCUACUUUGUCACCAGAGAGGCACCACGCCGGAUCUCCAGUAUGUCCCAACAGAUCAAGCUAAUCGUCGUGGUACGCAACCCCGUCACCCGGGCCAUCUCGGACUAUACGCAGACUUUGUCGAAGAAGCCCGACAUCCCCACCUUUGAGGAGCUGGCCUUCAAGAACAGAAGUCUGGGCGUAGUGGACACCUCGUGGAACGCCAUCCGCAUCGGUAUGUACAUUCUGCACCUGGAGAACUGGCUGCGCUACUUUCGCCUAUCGCAGAUGCACUUUGUGAGCGGCGAGCGGCUCAUCACGGACCCAGCUGGCGAGAUGGGCCGCAUUCAGGACUUCCUGGGACUCAAGCGCAUCAUCUCAGAUAAGCACUUUUACUUCAACAGGACCAAGGGCUUCCCGUGUCUGAAGAAGCCGGAAAGCAGCGGGCAGCCUCGCUGCCUAGGGAAGUCUAAGGGCAGGACUCAUGUGCAAAUAGAACGGGAAGUCAUCGAGCAGCUGCAGGAGUUUUAUAGACCCUUUAACGUCAAAUUCUUUGAAACGGUCGGGCAGGAUUUCAAGUGGGAUUGA